UAUUAUAAAUUAAUUUGUUUUUACUGCAUUUCAAUAAUGUAUAUAAUAAUUUACGAUAUCUGUUUCUAUUUACAGACAUUUCAUCUAUUACUAUUUUUAUUUUUUUUUAUUUGAUAUUGUUCUUCAGUUAUUCAAGCCGGAUCUUGUAUUUGUAAACCUCUCGGAACUCAAGGAUCUACAAUUUCAGGUGAUCACAUAUGACUAAAGAAAUGACAUAUGGUGUUGAAAUGGAACGUCUUGCCAGAAAUAAAUAUGAAGAAUUAUAUGGUGUUUCAGUUGAAGCAUGUGGAUUGUUUACUGACAUAGAAUUCCCUUUUCUAGCUGCAAGUCCUGAUAGUCUAAUUGACGAAAAUUGUAUUAUAGAAAUAAAAUGCCCAUAUGUAACAAGAGAAACCAAUACAAUCCUUGAAGCCAUAGAAAAUAAACUAUUACAGUGCUGCACAGUCGAAAAUAAUGUUGUAGAACUAAAAAAGGACCAUAAAUACUAUUUCCAAGUUAUAGGGCAAUUGCGAAUAACUAAUCGUACUAUAUGUCAUUUUGUAAUUUUUACUCCAAACUGGAUAAACGUUCAAAAAAUCGAAUUUGAUGAGAUAUUUUGGAAAACAAAAAUGGAGGAAAAAUUGAAAACGUUUUAUUUGGAUUGUCUAUUACCCGAAAUUGCAUGUCCACUUUAUGGAAAACGCCUAGAAUUAACUGACAUCAGAGAACCCAGAUACAUUUUAAAUGAAAAAGAAAAAAGAAAAAACCAAAAGAUAAAAAACGGAAUUAGCACGGCUUAUAUAAUAGUAUAGCUUAUAAUAUAAUUCAAUAUAUAUUACUAUUUAUUUAAUUUUUAGAUUUUUUUACAUACCUAUGUCCUAUAGUAUGCUUACACUCUACAAUUCUACCUAGUCUAUAACAUUAUAAUGACCAAACAGUAUAGUGAAUACGUGCAGAUAUUACAAAUAUUGCAAAAUAAUUAUUUACAUGCAGUAGACAUUUAUAUCGACGCAGUAUAUACAUUAUUAUCAAUAAUAAUUCGAUAACUGUGAGUCAAUAUAUUAUGUUGUAUUACCGU